UUAUUCCAAUUUUGAACAAUUUUCCUCAGAUUUUUGAUUUUCCCAGCAACCAAACAGAUACAAUUACACAAACUCAAUAGAAAGCUGGGACUUUGAAGCAGCGAAGAACCUUUCUCUCGUACCAUACACAAUCCAAAAGCGCGAUGCUAAUCCAAAAUCAUAGCAACAACUACAAUUUCAACAAUGCAAGGACUUCACCAACAUCAACAACAACAGCAGCAGCAACAGCUGGUUGCUCUUCUCUCCGCCGCGCUUCCCAAAGACGAUUCCUCCACCACCGGAACCUCCACUACUUCCGCCGCCGCAGCAGCUGCUAAAACAACAUCUAACUCCUCCUCCGAUCAUAAUGACGACGACUCGUCUCGACUCGCCGCUCUUAACUCACUCCACCGCGCCAUUCUCUUCCCUCCUAACUCAGUCCUCGUCUCUCAUUCCGCUUCUUUUCUUUGCCAGGGCUUCUCUCAGCUCCUCUCCGACAAGUCGUAUUCAGUUAGGCGAGCUGCAGCUACUGCGUAUGGCGCGCUCUGUGCUGUUUUGUGUUCGAUAAUUAUUGGUUCUAAUGGAAGGCAGAACCAUGUUUUGCUUGGUACUCUGGUUGAUCGGUUUAUUGGCUGGGCGCUGCCGUUGCUCACGAAUGUUAGUGCUGGUGAUAGGACUACAGAACUGGCAGUCCAAGGGUUACAUGAGUUUCUUAGCGAUGGAGAUGUUUUGGAGAUUGAGAGAUAUGCUUUGCCGAUACUUAAGGCGUGUCAAGAACUUAUGGAGGAUGAGAGGAUUUCUUUGAGUUUGCUGCACCAGCUUCUGGGUGUCUUGUCGUUAAUUUCUUUGAAGUUUUCUAGAGUUUUUCAGCCUCAUUUUCUUGACAUUGUUGACGUGCUUCUUGGCUGGGUGUUGGUUCCUGAUCUUGCUGAAUCAGAUAGACGAAUUAUUUUAGAUAGUUUCUUGCAAUUUCAGAAACAUUGGGUUGGAAAUUUGCAAUUUUCUCUGGGAUUGUUGUCAAAGUUUUUGGGUGACAUGGAAGUGUUGUUGCAGGAUGGCAAUCCAGGUACACUGCCCCAGUUCCGUAGGUUGCUUGCAUUGCUUUCUUGUUUUUCAACGGUGCUACAGUCCACUGCUUCUGGAUUGCUUGAGAUAAAUUUACUUGAACAAAUUAGCGAAUCUCUUAGAAAAAUGGUUCCUCGAUUGUUAGGAUGCUUAUCUUUGGUUGGGAGGAAGUUUGGAUGGUUGAAAUGGAUUGGGGACUUGUGGAAGUGCUUGACACUCUUGGCAGAAAUUUUAUGUGAAAGGUUUUCUACUUUCUAUUCACUUGCAGUUGAUGUCUUGUUUCAAAGCCUGGAAACAGAUAGCAGCAGCCAAACUAAAGUGGAAAAGCUUACCUCCUUUCAAGUUCAUGGGGUGCUAAAAACUAAUCUUCAGUUAUUAUCUUUGCAAAAACUUGGGCUCCUUCCAUCAUCGGUGCAAAAAUUGAUGAAAUUUGAUUCGCCUAUAUCUCAAUUGCGUUUACAUCCAAAUCAUUUGGUAGCUGGAAGCUCUGCUGCCACAUAUGUUUUUUUGCUUCAACAUGGGAAUGAUGAAGUUGUUCAAAUGGCAAUGACUGUUUUGAUUGAAGAGCUAGGGUUGUUAAAGGAUAUGCUAAAGAAGACUUUAAAUUUUGGAGAUGAGUUUACGAGUGUCACAAAUUCUAAAUUCUAUUCAAAACUUGAAUUGUUUGCAUUGAUGAAAUUUGAUUUGAAAGUUUUGUUAAGUUGUGUUUCCUUGGGUGGUAUUAACAAUUUGAUUAGCCAACCAGACAUCGCCACUAUUUAUUUAAAGAGGUCAGAAAACUUGGUAUCACUUAUUACUGAGCACUUGAAUCCUUUUUAUCUGCCUAUUCAAGCCUAUGCAGAGUUGCAAGUAAAUGUUAUCAAGACCAUGGGCAGACUAACCGCAGUUGAAUUCUUGAGCAACUGCUGUAUAAGAAGUCAGACAAGCAAGAAAGAUUUUAUAGAUUUUGCAGCUGAAAAGACCCAAAAUACCAGCUUUAGGGAUGUGCAUUCCAAUGUUAUUGUGGAACAUCUGAGAAAAUAUAGUGUUUUCCUUGUUAAAGCUCUACAUAUUCUUUCUCCUGUUGCAGUUAAAAUAGCAGCCCUGGAAUGGUUCCAGAACUUUGGUGAGGAUCUUAUUGCUAUUUGUAAGAAUUCAGAUACAAACCCCUUUUCUUAUGAAGCAUUUGAUAAUGCUGGUAGUGUUCAAAAUAUUAUAUUCUCAGUACUUGAUGCUGCAUUCGAUAGGGAGCCAAAAGUGAGGUUGCAUGUGGCCUUAGUUUUGGAGCUGCUUCUGCAAGCAAGGGUAAUAGAUCCGAUGUUCUUUUAUCCCAUAGCUGAAGUGGUUUUAGAAAAACUUGGUGAUCCAAUAGUUGAAAUAAAAAAUGCAUUUGUUAAACUGCUUUCCCAUUUCAUGCCAACGGUAAUGUAUAUAUGUGGUUUAAAUGUUCACGGAACACCCAUCAAAUCUAGGCCCAGUGCACUUAUUCUAGGUAGCAGCUCUAAUCUGCACUGGAAACAGGUAUUUUCCCUGAAGCAGCUGCCGCAGCAACUUCAUUCACAGCAACUUGUUUCCAUUUUGAGUUAUAUAUCGCAAAGGUGGAAAGUACCGCUUUCUUCUUGGAUUCAACGUCUCAUUCACAGCCGUCAGAGUCCAAAGGAUCUGGUCGCGGGUCAACUUGAGGAAGCAGGAAAAUUUGGUGCCAAUGUUCUAUGGUUGGACAUCAAGGUGGAUGAGGAUCUUCUGGAAAGAAUUUGCUCAGUUAAUAAUUUGGCUGGUGCUUGGUGGGCUAUACAGGAAGCAGCUAGAUAUUGUAUUGCGACGCGCCUUCGAACUAAUCUUGGUGGGCCCACCCAAACAUUUGCAGCUUUAGAAAGAAUGCUUUUGGACAUUGCACAUGUGCUACAGCUUGAUCUUGAGCAAAAUGAUGGAAACCUGAGUCUAAUUGGUUCUUCUGGUGCUCAUUUAUUACCAAUGCGAUUGCUACUGGAUUUUGUUGAGGCCCUAAAGAAGAAUGUAUACAAUGCAUAUGAAGGAUCGGCUAUUUUACCAUCUGUUACACGACAGAGUUCCUUGUUCUUUCGGGCAAACAAGAAGGUAUGCGAGGAGUGGUUUUCUCGUAUAUCUGAACCAAUGAUGAAUGCUGGAUUAUCACUACAAUGUCAUGAUGCUACAGUUCAAUAUUGUAGUGUGCGCUUGCUGGAACUCAAAAAUCUUUUGACUUCCUCUUUGAAGGAUAAGUCUAGGUCUCAGGCAUCUGAGAAUCUUCAUAAUAUCAGGGACAGAUUGUCUGGAGACGUGUUAAGAGUUUUAAGGUUCAUGGCAUUAGCUCUAUGUAAGAAUUCUGAACCAGAGGCUUUGAUUGGUCUGCAGCAAUGGGCUACCGUGACAUUUUCUUCAUUGCUUUUUGAUGAGAACCAGAUUCUGAAUAAUAAUAGCAGAGUGGGUCGUUUUGCAUGGAUCACAGGUCUGGUUUAUCAGGCUGAAGGCCAGUAUGAAAGAGCUGCUUCUCACUUUUCUCACUUGUUACAGGAUGAGGAGUCGCUCAGUUCUAUGGGUUCCGAUGUUGUACAAUUUUCUAUUGCACGUAUUAUUGAGAAUUAUACUGCUGUAUCUGAUUGGAGGUCUCUAGAAUCUUGGCUAUCAGAGUUGCAAGUUCUUCGUUCUAAACAUGCAGGAAGGAGUUUUUCUGGUGCUUUGACUACGGCUGGGAAUGAAAUUAAUGCAAUUCAUGCCUUGUCCCGAUUUGAUGAGGGUGAUUUUCAGGCAGCUUGGGCAUCCCUGGAUUUGACUCCUAAAAGUAGCUCUGAACUCACACUUGACCCCAAAGUGGCCUUGCAGAGAAGUGAGCAAAUGCUUCUACAGGCAAUGCUGCUUCUUCUUGAGGGGAAAACGGACAAGGUGCCACAUGAAAUACUCAAGGCAAAGACAAUGCUUGAGGAAAUACUGUCUGUUUUGCCGCUCGAUUCCUUAACAGAAGCAGCACCAUUUGCUACUCAGUUGCAUUGCAUCUAUGUUUUUGAAGAAUGUCACAAGCUUAAAGGUAAUCUGACAAAAUCCAAGGCAUACCAAUCAAUAAUAAGCUCAUAUGCAGAGCCAAUGCAGUCUGUAAUGGAUUGCAUUCAUCAAGAUUGUAAUCAAUGGUUAAAAGUUUUCCGGGUUUAUAAAACCAAUUUUCCAUCUUCGCCAAUCACUCUAAAGCUCUGCAUGAGUUUGUCAAGUUUAGCCCGCAAACAGGGAAACCUAAUGUUGGCAGCCCGGCUGAACAACUAUCUAAAGGAUCAUGUAAUGAGUUGCUCUGAGAAGAGAUAUGGUGAUUUCCUAUCUUCAUAUUUGCAAUAUGAAGACUGCUUGCUUAUGUAUGCUGGAAAUAAAUAUGAAGAUGCAUUGGCAAAUCUUUGGUCUUUUAUCGGUCCUUGUGCGGUUUCUUCUUCAUCUAUAAUUUCUGAUUCGAACGAUAAUUUUUUGAAGGCCAAGGCAUGCUUGAAACUUUCUGCUUGGUUGAGAAGGGGUUAUCCAGAUUUGAUUUUAGAGAAUACUGCCCAGAAGAUACAAGUGGAUUUUAGUACUGAUGGUGUAUCUUUGCUUUCCCCAGGUGGGCAAUCUGUUAAUGUAGAGAACUACAUCUCUAAAUCAAAUUUGAGUAUUAUAACUGAAGAAAUUAUAGGAACAGUCACAAAAUUGUCUACACAGCUUUGUUCCACAAUGGGAAAAUCGUGGAUUUCCUAUGCUUCUUGGUGCUUCAGUCAGGCCACAGACUCCCUCUUUAUUCCAUGUGAUACGGUCCUUCGUUCAUGCUCUUUUUCUCCUAUACUUCUUCCAGAAGUUCUGCCGGAAAGAUUCAAAUUGACCGAAGAUGAGAGAACCAGAGUGGAAUGUGUGGUUUUGCAGCUUUUUAAGAGUGAAAAUGAUGCUUUGAACGGCAAAGGGGAAGACUGGGAACUUGGGUUUAACUCUAUGCAACAUUCAAGAAAAAAAAACCAUGUUGAGGCUUUGGCGCAGCAAGCAGUAAAUAUAAUUGAAGCUGCUGGUGGGGGACCUGGUCUUGAAAAUUCCAAUGGUGAGUCCCUCUCUGUUACUCUAGCAUCUCAGUUGCAAGCCUGCCUAUGUACAAAAGCUGGCCUAGAAGAAAAAGAUAUUUCUUUUGCGGUUGAUGAUUUAGUUAAAGUUUGGUGGUCAUUGAGGAGAAGAAGAGUGUCUCUCUUUGGGUAUGCAGUUCAUGGUUUCAUUCAAUACCUCACAUAUUCAUCAGCAAAAUUCUCCGAUUGUCGCUUAGCUGGCUCUGUAUGUGAAUCAGUAAAAUUAAAAACUGGAAGCUAUAUCUUGAGGGCUACCUUGUAUGUACUACACAUACUUCUUAAUUAUGGAGUUGAACUGAAAGAUACAAUUGAACCUGCUCUUUCUACAAUUCCUCUGUUUCCAUGGCAGGAAAUCACUCCCCAGUUGUUUGCUCGCUUAAGUUCUCAUCCUGAGCAAAUAGUGCGGAAGCAAUUAGAGGGCUUGUUGAUUAUGUUGGCCAAGAAAUCUCCUUGGUCCAUAGUGUACCCAACUCUAGUUGACAUAAAUGCUAAUGAGGAUAAACAAUCCGAGGAACUUCAACACAUUCUGGGUUGUUUGAGAGAGCUGUACCCAAGAUUAAUUCAAGAUGUUCAGCUCAUGAUAAAUGAACUUGGAAAUGCUACUGUUCUGUGGGAGGAAUUAUGGCUCAGCACACUUCAAGAUCUUCAUGCAGAUGUAAUGCGCCGUAUCAAUGUGCUGAAAGAGGAAGGUGCACGAACAGAGAAUUCUACUCUGAGUCAGAGUGAGAAGAAUAGGAUAAAUGCUGCCAAAUACUCAGCCAUGAUGGCUCCCAUUGUGGUGGCCUUAGAACGCCGCCUGGCGUCUACUUCUCGGAAACCCGAAACUCCUCAUGAAAUAUGGUUUAAUGAGGAAUAUAGAGAGCGACUAAAGUUGGCCAUUUUGACAUUUAAAACUCCUCCAGUUUCUGCUGCUGCACUUGGAGAUGUGUGGCGGCUGUUUGAUGAUAUUGCUGCAUCCUUAGCUUCUUAUCAGAGAAAGUCGUCAAUAUCCUUAGGGGAAGUUGCGCCACAACUGGCUUUGUUGUCUUCUUCUGAUGUUCCCAUGCCUGGACUUGAGAAGCAAGUUACUGUAUCUGAAUCUGACAGAGGUUUGACCACAAGUCUUCAAGGAAUUACAAUUGCUUCUUUUUCUGAACAAGUGGAUAUCUUGUCAACAAAGACAAAACCUAAGAAAAUUGUGUUACUUGGUUCUGAUGGUCGAAAGUAUACGUAUCUGUUGAAAGGGCGAGAAGAUCUGCGGCUUGAUGCCAGAAUCAUGCAACUUCUGCAAGCUGUAAAUGGUUUAAUGCAUUCUUCUUCUGCAACUCGUAAGCAUUUGCUUGCUAUCCGCUAUUAUUCCGUGACUCCAAUUAGUGGUCAGGCUGGUCUUAUCCAGUGGGUGGACAAUGUGACAAGCAUAUACAGUGUUUUUAAGUCCUGGCAACACCGUGAGCAGCUAGUCCAGCUUACAACUAUGGGUCCAAGCAAUGCAAAAGAUUCUGUUCCUCCACCUGUUCCUCGACCAAGUGAUAUGUUCUAUGGUAAAAUUAUACCAGCACUUAAGGAGAAAGGAAUAAGGAGAGUAAUUUCAAGAAGAGAUUGGCCUCAUGACGUCAAGCGCAAGGUGCUCAUUGAUUUGAUGAAAGAGGUUCCUAGACAGCUUCUGCAUCAGGAACUUUGGUGUGCCAGUGAAGGGUUUAAAGCCUUCAGCUCAAAAUUGAGGAGGUAUUCUGGAAGCGUUGCAGCUAUGAGUAUGGUGGGUCACAUUCUUGGUCUGGGGGAUAGACAUUUGGACAACAUUCUUGUGGAUUUCUGCAGUGGGGAUAUAGUACAUAUUGAUUACAAUAUUUGCUUUGAUAAAGGGCAAAGACUGAAGAUUCCUGAAAUAGUUCCAUUCCGCCUUACUCAGAUGAUUGAAGCCGCUUUAGGAUUGACAGGUGUGGAAGGAACUUUCAGAGCAAACUGUGAAGCAGUUGUUGGAGUUCUGAGGGAAAACAAGGACAUACUCUUGAUGUUGCUAGAGGUGUUUGUCUGGGAUCCACUUGUAGAAUGGACACGAGGCGAUUUUCAUGAUGAUGCAGCAAUUGGCGGUGAAGAAAGAAAGGGCAUGGAGUUGGCAGUUAGCUUGAGUUUGUUUGCUUCUAGAGUGCAAGAAAUCCGUGUUCCCUUGCAGGAACAUCAUGAUCUCUUAUUGGCCAGCUUACCUGCAAUUGAAUCUGCUCUUGAGAGGUUUGCUGAUGCUCUAAGUCAAUAUGAGCUUGCCUCUGCUUUGUUCUAUCGGGCUGACCAAGAGAGAUCUAGCCUUAUUCUGCAUGAGACAUCUGCGAAGUCAAUUGUUGCUGAAGCAACUUCCAAUUCAGAGAAAACUCAUGCAUCAUUUGAAACUCAGGCUCGAGAAUUUGCUCAGGCAAAGGUUGUUGUUGUUGACAAGGCUCAAGAAGCUGCAACAUGGAUGGAGCAGCAUGGAAGGAUCCUUGAUGGAUUGCGGAGCAAUUUACUUCCAGAAAUAAACACCUCCAUGAAACUGAAAAAUAUGGCUGAUGCACUGUCUCUUACAUCAGCUGUUCAGGCGGCAAGAGUUCCACUGACCAUAGUUCCCGAGCCUACACAAGCACAAUGCCAGGACAUAGAUAGGGAAGUUUCUCAGCUAAUAGUGGAGAUAGAUCAUGGACUCUCUUCUGCACUAACUGCAGUCCAAAUUUAUUCUUUGGCUUUGCAAAGAAUCCUUCCUCUAAAUUAUCUUACAACUAGUGCAGUACAUGGCUGGGCCCAAGUGUUACAGCGGUCUGCAAAUGCCCUUUCCUCUGAUAUUCUCUCACUUGCCCGAAGACAGGCUGCUGAACUUAAUGCAAAAGUGCAUGGGGAUAAUUUUGAUUCCAUCAAACUUUGUCAUGAUGAACUUUGUGUCAAAAUGGAGAAAUAUGCAAUUGAUAUCCAAAAUGUUGAAGUUGAGAGUUCUGAACUAGAGAACUCUAUUGGGCUGGAGGCUGAAUCAAAAGCCAAAGACCGAUUUCUGUCUGCUUUUGUUAAGUACAUACAAUCUUCUGGUCUAGUAAAAAAAGAAGAUUCUGGCUCUUUUUACCUAUCCGGGCAAUCAAAAUAUGAUGUGACUAGGGAUGCCAGGUUGCGAGUGGAGCAGGAAGAAAAAAUGGAGAAGGUGCUCUCUGUUUUAAAUAUAGCUAUUGGUUCCUUGUACAGUGAAAUCAAGAACAGUGUUCUUGACAUCCUUAGUAAUUACGGUGGAGUAACAAAUGCAAAUGAUACAUUUGGAACUGUUUUCAGUGGAUUUGAAGAGCAGGUAGAGAAAUGUGUACUUGUAGCCGGGUUUGUUUGUGAAUUGCAGCAAUUUAUGGGCUGGGAUAUAGGUAGUGCAGAUACAGAUUUGAAACAUUUCGAAAAUGACGCCGAAAAGAACUGGGCUUCCAAAUUUAAAACUAUAUUACUUUCCUGUCAGAGUUUGGUUGGCGAAAUGACUGAAGCUGCUCUGUUUGAUAUUAUGAGAUCUGCUGUUUCAUUGAAUUCAGAAGUUAUGGAUGCAUUUGGAUUAAUCUCACAAAUCCGGCGGUCCAUUGAUUCUGCUCUGGAGCAGUUACUGGAGGUUGAAUUGGAGAAGGCAUCUUUGCUUGAACUUGAAAAGAACUAUUUUGUUAAAGUUGGUCUCAUUACUGAGCAGCAAUUAGCUCUUGAGGAAGCUGCUCUCAAGGGCCGGGAUCAUCUCUCUUGGGAGGAGGCAGAGGAACUUGCCUCCCAAGAAGAAGCAUGCAGAGCACAGCUGGAUCAACUCCAUCAAUCAUGGAAUGAGAGGGAGAUGCGUACAACUUCUCUCAUAAAGAAAGAAAGUGACAUUAAAAAUUCCCUGGUUUCUUCUGAAUGCCAUUUUCAAUCUUUAGUUAGCACUGAAGAGGUUGGAGAGUUGCCUAUUUUAGGAAGGAAAGCACUGUUAAUUAAGCUAGUAAAGCCCUUCUCUGAAUUAGAAUAUAUGGAUAACGCGUUGUCAAACUUUGGUGGUUCCGUUACUUCUCACUCAAAUGAGGUUUCUAAAUUAGGAGAUCUUAUGAAUUCAGGGUACUCAGUCUCUGAAUACAUCUGGAAAUUUGGAGGCUUAUUGAACAGCCAAUGCUAUUUUAUUUGGAAAGUUUAUGUCGUGGAUUCUUUUCUUGAUUCCUGUAUACAUGAUGUCACUUCAUCAGAGGACCAAAAUUUAGGAUUUGAUCAGCUCUUCAAUGUUAUCAAGAAAAAGCUUGAAGCACAACUUCAGGAACAUAUUGGCAGAUACCUGAAGGAACGAGUUGCACCUGCUUUUUUGGCUUGGUUAGACAAAGAAAUUGAAAGUUUAAGGCAACACACAGAGGUAACAAGGGAACUUUCUACAAACCAACUAAGGAAGGAUGUUGGCUCUGUUAAUAAGGUCCAGCUUAUGCUUGAGGAGUACUGCAAUGCACAUGAAACUGCUAGAGCUGUGAGAUCAGCGGCUUCUAUCAUGAAGAGACAGGUAAAUGAACUCAAAGAGGUUCUUCACAAGAUUAGUUUAGAGAUUCUUCAAUUAGAGUGGAUGCAUGAUUUAUUGACCCCUUCACACUAUAGCAGAGCCACCUUUCAGAAAUUUCUUGCUAGCAAGGAUAACUUGUAUUCUGUAAUCUUAAACCUCAGUAGACCAAAAUUGCUUGAAGGUAUGCAAUCUGCUAUAACACAAUUGACUAGGUCAAUGGAGAGCCUGCAAACUUGCGAACGAAAUUCUAUUGUGGCUGAAGGGCAACUUGAGAGGGCAAUGGGUUGGGCUUGUGGUGGUCCAAAUUCCGGUAUUAGUGGGAAUAUAGCAAAUAAACCUUCAGGGAUUCCUCCUGAAUUUCAUGACCACCUGAUGAGGCGAAGGAAAUUGCUAUGGGAAGCUAGAGAAAAGGCAUCGGAUAUUGUCAAAAUUUGCAUGUCAAUAUUAGAGUUUGAAGCAUCAAGAGAUGGGAUUUUUCGGAUUCCAGGAGAUAUUUAUAUUUCGAGGACUGGUACUGAUGGCAGGACAUGGCAGCAAGCUUACUUCAAUGCAUUAGUAAAACUGGAAGUUGCAUACCAUUCUUUUACACGCACCGAGCAAGAAUGGAAGCUUGCACAGAGCAAUAUGGAAGCUGCAUCCAGUGGCCUGUAUUCAGCAACUAAUGAACUAUGCAUUGCAUCUCUCAAGGCAAAGUCAGCUUCUGGCAAUUUACAGAGCACUGUCCUUGCAAUGAGGGACUGUGCACAUGAAGCUAGUGUUGCUCUUUCUUCCUUUGUGUGCGUGUCAAGGGGCCAAACCGCUCUGACUUCAGAAUCUGGUACAAUGCUGGAUGAGGUUCUUGCAAUCACGGAGGAUCUGCAUGAUGUCCAUAAGUUGGGAAAGGAGGCUUCUGCAGUAUACCGUUCUCUGAUGGAGGAUCUUAAGAAGGCAAAUGCAAUUCUUCUUCCACUUGAAUCAGUGUUGUCAAAGGACGUGAAUGCCAUGACAGAUGCAAUAACAAGGGAAAGAGAGACCAAGAUGGAAGUAUCUCCAAUUCAUGGACAAGCCAUAUACCAGUCCUAUUGUUUGAGAAUUAGGGAGGCUAUCCAGACAUUUAAGCCCUUGGUGCCAUCACUUUCAUUAUCCGUGAAGGGAUUAUAUCUGAUAAUGAUGAGGCUUGCACGAUCUUCAAGUCUCCAUGCUGGGAAUCUUCAUAAGGCUCUUGAAGGACUAGCUGAAAGCCAGGAUGUAAAAUUACAGGAAAUUUGUUUGCCUAGACCAGACCUUGACGAUGGGCAUGAUGAAUUUGAAAACAAGGAAAGAGAGAGCCUCUCAAGGUCUGACAGUGGGAGCACUAAAGACUUCCUUGGCAAUACCGGACUUUCUUUACAAGACAAAGGAUGGAUUUCUCCACCAGAUAGUAUAUAUAGUGGGAGCUCAGAAUCCGAAUUUGUCUCAGCUGAAGCAAUUCUUCCAGGUUCUCUGAAUUUGUCUCCAUCUUCUCAAAAUCAUAGCCAAGAAAUCUUACAAUCUAACAUAUCAGCAUCCAAAAUUGAGGGAGAAUAUGAUGAUUUAAGUUCAGUUACAGCAGUCAGCGAGUUAAAUGAACACCUCAAAUCUAUGGCACCACUAAGUAGUGAGGAUGUAACUUCCCAUUUUGAGUCUUCACACCCUGUGAAUGAGGACUACUCAGAAAUGAAAAUUGAGGUUAAAGAUGCUGAUGUUUCCUCAUUAAUCAAGGCCAAGAUUGUAGAUGAAAAUCAUGAAGCUCCUCUUCUUAAUUCACAAGCUGGGAACCGGGUGGCCAAAGGCAAAAAUGCUUAUGCAAUGUCAGUGCUAAGGCGAGUGGAGAUGAAAAUAGAUGGUCGGGAUAUUUCUGAUAACAGCUAUCUUCACAUUAUCAGUGAAAUUAGUGUGGGAGAGCAAGUGGAUUAUCUGAUUAAGCAAGCAAUGAGUGUAGAUAAUCUUUGCAAUAUGUAUGAAGGCUGGACACCAUGGAUAUGAACUUGUGAACCUAUACAUUUUCAAAACACGACCGGUCAUUUUGGAUUUCUAGUGCAGGAGUUUAAGCAUGCCAUUAUAUUGCAACUUCUCCCGAAAAUGAUGGCUAGACUCUGGUCCAGACUCCAGAAUAAUUAUCUUGGUGGAGAAUUAAGCUGCCGGAGCUAUUGUCUGAGAAAGCCGCAUCCACAUGGCUUCAUGUUCUCCAUCAUAUGUCCGCGAUGCCACCUUUUACUGCGAGAAACUGAAGCGCGGCGGAUUAUUCGUGAGCACUUCAAGAGGAGAUCUCCUGUAUGCUUUUGAGGAAUCUACGACUUCUUUGGAGAGCAUAUUCCAAGUUUGCAUGCGAUCAGAGUGCUUUUGAGGAAACUUCUCGGGCUUGAAAGUGGACUUCUAAAUUAUCCAAGACAAAGCCUCGGACAGCUCUAUCAAGGUGUGACAAUGUCGUUAUCCGCUCCAUGACCUUCGGUGCUCCGCUUCAAUUGUGGAACUGUUUUUUUGGUGGCUAAAUGGGAAGGUGUUGCAUGUAUCCAAGAGGAAUGUCAGUUUUCACUCAUCUUCCUAUCCGACCCGAGUGCUGUGUAAAAGUGGUUGGUGCUGAAAGUGAAUAAAAGGUAACGCAGAUUCUCAGAUUGCAAAAAUGGGCAGUGCAUAUAUGUUUACUAGCGGAUGUGAGCGAGUACCAUAUCAGUCUUGGUUCUUACAGUUAACUAAAUUAGCCCUGACACUGUAAAUUAUAGAUGAUGUAUAAGAACCAUUCAUGAAGUGCUUACAAAGCCUUUUAACAACUUUAGCUAAUAUUAUGGCACAAAGGUUCAUUUCA